UCCCCAAGACUGGAGACUCACGCCGGACCCUGGGGGCCACCAGGGUGGGGAAAGCAACAUUCAUAAGCAGAGCCAGGGACGUGGGAGCUACACCCGGCGGGACCCCGAGGCCAGAAUCUUCCCUGCCCCUGGAGAGUGACUUUCAGGUUCCAGCGGCUAUCCUGCAGGGGACUGUGCGCUCUGGUUGUGCUCUCCGCAAAUCUGCCUCAGGCUGGGUAGAAGUUUCCCCGAGUUUCAGGGGAUCUGACACUUCGCGUGGCCUCUGCUGACACCAGGCAAACUUGCGGUGCACAGACUUCCACGUGUGUGAAACACCCAUUCAUAUAAAAGGGUAAAACAAUAAGCUUUAAUGUUGGGGAUUUGUCAGCCUGUAACAUGAAAAUGCUGCCGAUUUUGAUCCUGACAAUGGCUUGUUUCCAUGUUUGUGUGAGCCAAGAUUCUGAUCCCGAGUAUGCAGAUGUGGUGUUUCUGGUGGACAGCUCUGAUCACCUAGGGAUGAAGUCCUUCCUUCUUGUGAGAACUUUCCUCACCAAGCUGAUCAACAGCCUCCCCAUAGAAGCCGACAAGUACCGGGUGGCCCUGGCCCAGUACAGCGAUGCUCUCCACAACGAGUUCCAGCUGGGCACCUUCAAGAACAGGAACCCCAUGCUGAACCACCUGAAGAAGAACUUCCAGUUCAUCGGUGGGUCCCUGAAGAUAGGGAACGCCCUGCAAGAGACCCACAGGACCUAUUUCUCUGGCCCCACUAAUGGAAGAGACAAGAAACUGUUCCCCCCGAUCCUGGUGGUGCUGGCUUCAUCCGAGUCUGAGGAUGAUGUGGAAGAGGCUUCAAAGGCCCUGAGGAAAGAUGGGGUGAAGAUCAUCUCAGUGGGGGUGCAGAAGGCUUCUGAGGAAAACCUGAAGGCCAUGGCCACAUCCCAGUUCCAUUUCAACCUCAGGACGGUCAGAGACCUCAGUGCAUUUGCCGCAAACAUGACACAGAUCAUCAAGGACGUAACUAAGUAUAAGGAAGGAAUGGCUGAUGACAUCAUCGUAGAAGCUUGCCAAGGCCCUUCUGUGGCUGAUGUCGUGUUCUUGUUGGAUAUGGUCAUUAAUGGCAGCCAGGAGAACCUUGACCAUCUGAAAGCGUUCCUGGAGGAAAGUGUCUCUGCCCUUGACAUUAAGGAAAAUUGCAUGAGGGUGGGCCUGGUGGCCUACAGCAACGAGACGAGGGUGAUCAAUUCGCUGAGCAAGGGUAUCAAUAAGACAGAGAUCUUGCAGCACAUACAGGACCUGUCUCCCCGCACAGGGCAGGCAUACACUGGGAAUGCCCUCAGAAAGACCAGGAAGGAAGUCUUCAGUGCACAGAGGGGCAGUCGGAAGAACCAGGGGGUGCCUCAGAUUGCCGUACUGGUGACCCACAGAGCGUCAGAGGACAACGUGACCAAGGCAGCUGUCAACCUCCGGCGUGAGGGAGUGACCAUCUUUACCAUGGGCAUAGAGGGGGCCAGCCAAGAUCAACUCGAGAAGAUUGCAUCCCACCCCGCAGAGCUGUUCGCCUCCAAACUGAGCAACUUCUCUGAGCUGGCCACCCACAACCAGACAUUCCUGAAGAAGCUGCGGAACCAAAUCACACACACGGUCUCUGUCCUCUCGGAGAGGACUGAAACCCUCAAAUCUGCCUGUGUGGACACAGAAGAAGCAGAUAUCUAUCUGCUCAUUGAUGGUUCAGGGAACACCCAGCCCACAGACUUCCACGAAAUGAAGACCUUCCUGUCAGAUGUGGUGGCCAUGUUCAACAUUGCUCCCCACAAGGUACGGGUCGGAGCCGUGCAGUAUGCCGACACCUGGGACUUGGAAUUUGAGAUCAGUAAAUACACCAACAAGCCUGACUUGGGAAAAGCCAUCGAGAACAUCAGGCAGAUGGGCGGGAACACCAACACAGGUGCAGCCCUGAACUUCACCCUGAAGCUGUUGCAGAAAGCCAAGAAGCAGCGAGGAAACAAAGUGCCAUGUCACCUUGUCAUUCUGACGAAUGGCAUGUCCCAGGAUAGUGUCCUGGAACCUGCGCACAGGCUGAGAGAGGAAAACAUCCGAGUCCAUGCUAUCGGAGUCAAGGAAGCCAACCAAACACAGCUGCGGGAGAUAGCGGGAGAGGAAAAGCGAGUUUACUAUGUGCAUGAAUUCGAUGCCCUGAGGGACAUAAGAAACGAGGUGGUUCAAGAGAUCUGUGCUGAAGAAGCCUGUAGAGACAUGAAAGCGGACAUCAUGUUUCUGGUGGACAGUUCUGGCAGCAUAGGACCUGAAAACUUCAGCAAGAUGAAGACGUUUAUGAAGAACCUGGUGAGCAAAUCCCAGAUUGGGGCGGACCGGGUGCAAAUUGGUGUGGUCCAGUUCAGCCACGAAAACAAGGAGGAGUUCCAGCUCAACACAUUCAUGACCCAAAGUGACAUUUCCAGUGCCAUCGACCAAAUGACUCACAUUGGAGAAACGACCUUGACAGGCAGUGCCCUGAGCUUUGUGUCCCAGUACUUCAGCCCCGACAAGGGGGCCCGGCCCAAUGUCAGGAAGUUCCUCAUUCUCAUCACAGAUGGUGAGGCUCAGGACCUAGUAAGGGAACCAGCAGCAGCACUUCGGAGAGACGGCGUGAUUAUCUACUCAGUGGGCGUAUUUGGCUCCAAUGUCACCCAGCUCGAGGAGAUCAGUGGGAAACGAGAAAUGGUUUUCUAUGUUGAGAACUUUGACAUUCUGCAGCAUAUUGGAGAUGACCUUGUUCUGGGGAUAUGCAGUCCCCGUGAAGAAUGCAAACGGAUUGAAGUUUUGGAUGUUGUGUUUGUCAUCGAUAGCUCUGGUAGCAUUGACUAUCAAGAAUACAACAUCAUGAAGGACUUUAUGAUCGGCCUGGUAAAAAAAGCUGACGUGGGCAAAAAUCAGGUCCGGUUUGGAGCUCUCAAGUACGCUGAUGACCCGGAAGUGCUGUUUUAUCUGGAUGAACUAGGCACAAAGUUAGAAGUGAUUUCAGUGCUCCAAAAUGACCAGCCCAUGGGGGGUAACACUUACACUGCUAAGGCCCUGGCCUUCUCUGAUCACAUGUUCACUGAAGCCCGGGGCAGCCGUCUGCACAAGGGGGUCCCCCAAGUCCUCAUUGUGAUCACCGAUGGAGAAUCUCAUGAUGCAGAGAAACUCAAUGCCACCGCCAAGGCCCUGAGGGACAAAGGCAUUCUCGUCCUGGCAGUGGGGAUUGCUGGUGCCAAUAGCUGGGAGCUGUUAGCCAUGGCAGGCUCAAGUGACAAGUACUACUUUGUAGAGACGUUUGGAGGCCUGAAAGGGAUAUUUUCCGACGUAUCCGCCAGUGUCUGUAACUCUUCAAAAGUCGAUUGUGAAAUCGAAAAGGUUGACCUUGUUUUCCUCAUGGAUGGGUCAAACAGCAUCCAUCCAAAUGACUUCCAGAAGAUGAAGGAGUUUCUGGCAUCAGUCGUUCAAGACUUUGAUGUCAGCCUCAACCGAGUGCGCAUAGGAGUGGCCCAGUUCAGCGACAGCUACAGAUCGGAGUUUCUGCUGGGGGCGUUCACGGGGGAGAAGGAGGUCUCCUCCCAGAUUGAGAGCAUUCAGCAGAUCUUUGGAUACACCCGUAUCGGAGACGCACUUAGGAAGGUGAGGCACUACUUCCGGCCGGACACAGGCAGCAGGAUCAAUGCAGGGACCCCUCAGGUGCUGCUGGUCCUCACAGAUGGCCGGUCCCAAGACGAGGUGGCUCAGGCCGCUGAGGAGCUAAGACACAAAGGUGUGGACAUCUACUCAGUGGGCAUUGGGGACGUGGACGACCAGCAGCUGAUCCAGAUCACAGGGACAGCAGAGAAGAAACUGACGGUGCAUAACUUCGACGAGCUGAGGAAGGUGAAGAAGAGGAUCGUUCGCAACAUCUGUACCUCAGGCGGUGAGAGCAAUUGUUUUGUGGAUGUCGUGGUUGGAUUUGAUAUCUCAAGUCAGCAGAGGGGGCAGACUUUGCUCGAAGGUCAGCCUUGGAUGGAGGCCUACCUCCAAGACAUCUUACGUGCCAUCAGCUCCCUCAACGGGGUGAGCUGCGAGGUAGGCACCGAGACUCAGGUGAGCAUCGCUUUUCAAGUGACCAACGCUGUGGAAAGAUACCCCUCCAAGUUUGAGAUCUACAGCGACAACAUACUGAGUGGCCUGCAAGGUGUGACCGUGAAUGGGCCAUCCCGCCUCAACACAAACCUGCUGAGCUCUCUGUGGGACACCUUUCAGAAUAAGUCAGCUGCCCGAGGGAAGGUGGUCCUUCUGUUUUCAGAUGGCAUGGAUGAUGAUAUUGAAAAACUUGAACAGAAAUCUGAUGAACUGAGAAAGGAAGGCCUGAAUGCCCUCAUAACCAUUGCUGUGGACGGAGCUGCCGAUAUCAGUGACCUGGCUGACCUUCUCUACAUUGAAUUUGGGAAAGGAUUUGAGUACAGAACCCAGUUCACAAUUGGUAUGAGGAACCUUGGGAGCCAGCUGUCAAAGCAACUAAUCAAUGUCGCAGAAAGGACCUGCUGCUGUUUGCUCUGCAAGUGCACAGGAGGGGACGGCGCCAUGGGGGAUCCGGGUUCAGCAGGGAAAAAGGGACCCCCAGGUUUUAAAGGCAGUGAUGGCUACCUGGGAGAAGAGGGCAUUGCUGGAGAGAGAGGAGCCUCUGGACCAAUGGGAGAACAAGGUACUAAGGGAUGCUUUGGCAGCAAGGGGCCUAAGGGAGCCAGAGGACUCAGUGGAGAAGAGGGAGAAGUCGGGGAGAAUGGCAUUGCUGGAUUGAACGGAGAACAGGGUGACAGUGGGAUUCCUGGAAGAAGAGGAGAAAAGGGUGAUGAGGGAUCUCAGGGAAGUCCAGGCAAGAGAGGGGCUGCUGGUGACCGUGGAGCAAAGGGCCUGCGAGGAGAUCCAGGGAUUCCUGGACUUGAUAAUGACAUACAAGGACCCAAGGGCUUGAAAGGAGACCGUGGAAGACAAGGUAGCAGAGGCUGGCCAGGCUCUCCUGGGACACCAGGCUCCAGAAGAAGGACGGCAGUUCAUGGCCGAAGAGGACAUAUAGGCCCACAGGGCAAUCCAGGCAUCACAGGCCCAGAUGGACUUGAAGGUUCACCUGGACUUAAGGGCCCUCAGGGCCUGAGAGGAAAGGCUGGUGAGAAAGGAGAAAGAGGAUUUUUGGGAAUGAAAGGUCCCCAGGGGCCUCCAGGACCUGGAGGACAAGCGGGGAAUCAAGGCCACUUGGGAAGCCAAGGAAAUAAAGGAGAACCUGGGGAUCCAGGGGACAAGGGAGCUGCUGGCUUUCCAGGUCCUCGGGGCUUACAGGGUGAUGACGGCAGCCCGGGAUAUGGGAGCAUUGGCCGCAAAGGGACAAAGGGGCAAGAAGGAUUCCCUGGAGAAAUUGGACCGAAGGGUGAGACUGGGGAUCCUGGAGAGCCAGGAGAGGCUGGUCCCAAGGGAGCCAGAGGUAGAAUGGUUCCUGCUGGGCAGCCGGGAGAUCCAGGAUCCCCUGGGGAGCCAGGACCCCCUGGACGGAAGGGUAUAAAAGGGGCCCGAGGAGUGGCUUCAUUUUCUACAUGCGAUCUUAUUCAGUACGUGAGGGACCACAGUCCCGGCGGACGUGAAAAACCUGAGUGCCCGGUGCAUCCAACUGAGUUGGUGUUUGUCCUGGACCAGUCCCGGGAUGUCACGGAGCAGGACUUUGAACGGAUGAAGGGGAUGAUGGUUUCCCUAGUUAGGGAUGUCAAGGUCAGGGAGACCAGCUGCCCUGUGGGUGCACGUGUUGCCAUCCUCUCCUAUAACUCCCACGCCAGGCACGUCAUCCGCUUCUCAGACACCUACAGGAAGGACCAGCUGCUCAGGGAAAUUGAAGCUCUUCCUUAUGAGAGAUCCUCUGACAGCAGGGAUAUUGGCAAAGCCAUGAGGUUUAUCUCUAGGAAUGUCUUCAAGCGAACCCUGCCAGGGGCUCACGUGAGGAAAAUCGCCACGUUUUUCAGCAGCGGUCAGUCGGCCGAUGCCCAGUCCAUCACCACGGCUGCCAUGGAGUUCAGUGCCCUGGACAUUGUGCCGGUGGUGAUUGCGUUCAGCAACGUGCCCUCCAUCAAGCGUGCCUUUUCGAUUGAUGACACCGGCACAUUCCAAGUCGUUGUGGUUCCCUCCGGGACUGACGCAGAGCCAGCGCUAAAGCAACUCCAGCGGUGUACUUUCUGCUAUGACCCGUGCAAGCCGGAUGCUGCUUGUGAACAAGCUAAACCACCCCCGGCACAGUCCUACCUGGAUGCUGCGUUCCUGCUGGAUAGCUCCCGGCAUGUGGGGAGCGCAGAAUUCGAAGACAUGAGAGACUUCCUGGAAGCACUGCUAGAUCACUUUGAGGUCACUUCCGAGCCAGAGACAUCUGUCACUGGAGACAGGGUGGCCCUACUGAGUCAUGCUCACCCCAACUUCCUACCCCACAGCCAGAGGAGUCCAGUUAGAAGUGAGUUCAACCUAACCACCUACAGCAGCAAGCGCCUCAUGAAGAGGCAUGUGGAGCAAGCAGUGCAGCAGCUGAACGGAGACACUUUCCUUGGCCACGCCCUCAGGUGGGCUCUGGACAAUGUCUUUUUAAACACACCCAACUUGAGGAGAAACAAAGUCAUAUUUGUGAUAUCGGCUGGGGAAACCAGCCACCUGGAUGGGGACACCUUAAAGAAAGAGUCCCUACGAGCCAAAUGCCAGGGCUAUGCCCUCUUUGUGUUUUCCUUGGGUCCUGACUGGAAUGACAAGGAACUGGAGGACCUGGCCAGCCACCCUGUGGACCAGCACUUGAUUCAGCUUGGUCGGAUUCAUAAACCUGACCAUGGAUAUAGUGUGAAGUUUGUGAAGUCCUUUAUAAACUCUGUCAGACGUGGGAUGAACAAGUAUCCGCCUGUCAACUUCAAAGCCAAGUGCAGCAGACUCAGCCCUCCAGAUCCAAAGCUGCGCCCACACCAGUUUCAAAGCUAUGUCUCAGAGCCACAGAGAGCUAUCCUCAAAGAGCACGCGUCGGAGGCAGCAAAGCUCUUUCAAGAUAAAAAACGCCUUUCAAGUGCACUGAGACGGGGCCGAGAUGCUAUUUCAAGUCUUUCCAGAAGCAGAUUCUAUACCUUUAAACACGGGAAAGGGGUGACCAAAGCUACGUUUGCACAUGGCAAAUGAAGCGAUCGAACAGCCUUGGGGAUUUAGCCAUGGUCUGACUCUGAACCAAACCCACUCCUGAACUCUGAGGUGCUUAACUGGCUGCACACCAGCCUCUGGAUGGCUGCUCCGGAGGAAGAACAAGCCCGUGGCUGGAGACGAUCAGGUACCUCAACCCCUACACUCACGGUAUUAAGGUGAAUCUUGUAGGUUUACUUGACGACUCCUGACAGACAAUCCCAGCACUCUGAGAAUGAUAGUUGGAACUAUUACCAUUAGGAGAUGGAAGAUUGAAAGAUGUGUUUUGAAAUGUUGAAUGGAGACAUAAUUUUGACGUUGAUAUUUUAGCAACGUAUGCAUGUAAACUUUAAAUUGCAACCCUCUGCUCUUUUCCAAGCUGCCCCUUUAACGUUCAUCUGUUUUAUCAGACAUUUAGUGUCUUGGAGUUCUGAAACAUUCACCCGGUUCAUAGCUGGCUCUGCAGCUGGCAGUGAUGGCGCCGCCAGGCGGAAUGUUGGUCUUCAGAAAGGAAGCUGUGUGUGGAUGUGUGGGAAGUAGUUACACCAGAGGCCAGCAGAGUGUGUUCAGAUUUUCUUUCGGUAUCUCUGUCCAUGGAAUCUGGAAGCACGAACCAUGGGCAGUAUUUUUUCCUUUAGAACCCUUUUUGCCACCACUCCCGGGCAACUGCAUGCGUUCAGCUCCCAGAACCUUCUGAGGAGCACGAGACCUGGGAGAGACAGCCAGUCUGUACUCAGGUGCACGUCAGCUUCAUGUAUCCUAAAGGGGUGCUUCGAGGCUCAGGAAGAUUCUGUGUCAUCUCAGGAAACUGCUGAGCAAUAUUUAAGAGGGCUUUUAAAGCAGGGGCUUUUCUGAGUAACUUUGGUUGAAGAGAUACUUUGAAAAUGUCUAUUUUUUCUGUGUUGGUAAGUAUAGUACAUUUUAAAAAGUUACUUGGUGAUUAAAAUAUUUUAGCAUUUUGGGUCAUAUUUUUAAUCCUUAGUAGGUGUGAAGACUGCUGUAAAUCAUUCAUUUUUUUGAAAAGUCAGCCCCUGGCAUUAGAGAUGGGUUGGCAGUUAAGAGGCUGUUCCUUCCAAGAGCUAGAGUUGAGUUCCAAGCCCUCCAAAUGGGUGGCUCACAGCUGCCUGUAACUCUUGCUCCAGGAGAUCAGACGCCCUCGUCUGAUCUCCCAGGGCACCACACAUACAAACAUACAGACAAAUUAAAACUUUUUAAGACCUCAAAUCCCUAGAUUUAUGACUUCUGUCUCCAAAAAGUAGAAAUGGGAAAAAACUAAGUUGACUAAAUAUAGUAAGGCUGAACUUAAGUCGAGAAACAGCAUCACUGGGCACCUUGGCUUCAAAAUACCUAUAACAGAUGGCAAUGGGUCUGCUGCCCAUUAUCGCGAGACCACGCCUCAGAACCAAUUCAGGGAAAUACUUCUUUCGAAGAGGGUGACUUGUAGGACACGUGUGGGAGCAAUGGAGGAUGAGGCCAGGUCUCUGCCAAACACUGUUAUCCAACAGCUCCAUGCCUGAGGCCCAUUCGCCAUGGGACACUUAAAUAUCAAACAACCCCUGUGCACCCCUUACAACCCUCUGGUCUUAACACACAAGAUGUACAACUGAGCACUGACCAUGCCAAGCUCCCAAAGUCUACAACUCCAGUCAGAGCCAACACUGCCAAAUUUGACCUUCUGAAUGACUGGCAUCUCCUCACACCUCUGCAGUCUAAGCCAUCCAGAAACGGGACAUGCCAACUCUCAGGAACCAAACGGGUCUGUAUAGAACAAGAGGGUUAUGAAAAUGUGCAUGGCAUUUAUCUACUCAGCAAACUAAUUUCAAAUUAGAAUAUUCUGAACACCAUAAACCCUUUUCAAGGUGAAGAGAAUUGGGAUGGCUUCCAAAGUUUUAGCUGACUGGAAAAGCAGCCAUGGACCUUAGAAGGUGUGACAUGUUUUUAACUGGAGCAUUCUCUUUUUUUGUGCAUUAAGUAAUAUCUAUUGGAAAACACAAGCUGAUGGGAUUUUGGUAGAGCCUAGAACAAUGAUAGUAGGCAGGACCACACUGCUCUUGAGCUGAUGCACAGGAACUCAACUCAGGGCCGCUGUAGGAGAGGAGCAACAGCCUCCGUCAUAGUUCAUCCCUGCUUCUGUUUACUACUCUAAUGUUGCCCCAAACAUACCCGAAUUCUCAG